AGGGCUCCAUAUUCAUGAAGAUAGAGACAUGGACCUUGCUCAGUAGAUCUCUCCCCAAAAGGGGUGAGGGAGAAUCUGGCAUGAUCAGAAACUCGUGUGAAGAUAGCACAGAGUCCCAGUUACAGCUUAGAAGAUGACAGAAAUAAUAAAGUUUGGCUAAUCCAAACAGCCCCGUUAUGGAAGUGGAUCGGGGAGAAAGUGGGCCAGGGGCUUCAGUAAGCACAGAAUAAGCUGCCCUGGUGUCCAAAAGGAAAUCAACAGAUUGGGCCCCCACAGUUGUUAAUACCUGAGGUUCCUCAAAUAUAAUUAGGAUGGGAGCUUGUGUGGAGAUCCCCGGGCACCUUCAGUCCUGAUUAUCUUGAGAGUCUGACCCCUGGGACCUACACCUCUGGAGGCAGUCUCUCCUCCAGUGCGGUCCCUUGCAGACCAGACACGGAGCCUGGGGUGGCUUAGAUGCCUAAGGGCAAUCCCGAUUGAGGUGCCCCUCCUUUCCACAGUAAUAGCAAGCCAUCCCUUUUCACCUAGGUCCCUCCUGGUAUUUUUCUCAAGCUGUUAAAGAAUAGUUCUGACAGCCAUUACAAGGGCUUCCACCUCUUCCUUGGUCUUUCUCUGCCUUUCCUUUUCCUCAUAUUCUCUGCCAUAAUAGGCUUUCUGAGCCAGUUGCAACAGAUUAUCUAAAGACUGAUUUGGUCCAUACAUCUGUUUUAGUAGCUUAGGGUGGAUAUCUGGAGCCAACUGAGUGAGAAAUCUAUCCUUCAAGAUCACUCUUCCCUCUUCACUUUCAGGAUCAAUCUCAGUGAAUCUGCAAAGGGCUUCCUCAGUCUAUCUAGGAAUUUACCAGGAGCUUCCUUCUCUUCCUGUUCUAUAUUUGCCAAUUUGGCAUAGUUUAAAGUCUUAGCACUCACUCACCUGAGUCCUUCAAGAACACAUCUCACAAAAUGACUCUGAUCCCCAUCUUCCUUUAGCCAUGUUAUAAUUCCAUGUUAUAAUCUGGCUCUAUAGUUGGGACCACCUGAUUUCCAGUGGAGAAAUCCUCUGGAAUUCAUCCUCCCUCUUCCCUACUGAUUCAUUACCAAGCCAUUCAUCUCCAUAGGCAACAGCUUUCCCCAAAACUCGAGUUUUUGAGUCAGGAGUUAGCAUCUGUCCCAGAAUUACAUCUUUCCAAGUAAAGUCUUAAAGCAGAGUAGGGAGCUGAAAGUUUCAUACCCAAAUCGAUACCCUUAGGACAUAAAUCUGGCAUGUCUCACAGAGAGAAAAAGGGCAACACAUAUGCUACUUCUACCCAUUUCUCUUGUUUUCUACAGGACCUGUUAAUUGUAAAACAGUAUUAUAACUAAGAGACCCUCCAACCAGUCACUGUUCGCCAUCCCCCAGUGAAUACCAGAGCCAUGCAGUAUCUCAUAGGAAGAUCAGGCGUGUCUUCUUUAAGCUCUGGGGAUCAAAUCUACCCCAGUUUUUCAAAGGAGUGAGGCUGGAAUUGUUAGCUCCCAUCUGUAAGAGAGAAAUAAGUGACCAGCUCCAUCUUUCUACUGGAGGCAUCCCUUCCUGCUCUAGCUGGGGAUAGAGACAGGUCUUCCACCUAAGCUUCCUUUCCUGGCCAGAGUCAACCUAUCUCUUACUGAUGCAGGUAUGCCACUACCAUCCCUCCCCAUCUGCCACUGAGGUGGGGUGGAGAUGCAUUGAGGGUAGAUCUGAUGGCAUCCCAGACUAAUACCCAGUUCUUCACCAUUAAAGCCUUUGCUUGCCUCUGAUGCCAACCGAGGAGCAAUCAGAGUAACCUUCUGGAAUGCCUCCCAACCUAAAACCACUAGGGGAAACAGUCAUCUCCUGAGUGCCUGUGUACAACCCUGAGUAUAUUCCUGAACACAAAACUGGUAAAUCAUAAAGGGCUGAACAUAAAAUCAAGAUGUUCCUUCCAAGCAUCACCACACCAACAUAAGUGAUAGCAGAAGAGAUGGUGAAGGGCUGGCCAGUGAGGAAGAAGUGAUUUUGUCCUCUAGUUAUUGGGGCCAAUCCUUCCAGUUCAUUUGCACAGUUUCCACAGAAAGAAUAUCUAAGGAGUUGAGACAAAAGCCACUGGAGAGCCUCCUCUGGUCCGCUAAAAGCUAGUGUUACCAGAGGAAGAAGCCCGCUAUACUUCCUAUCUGAGUAACCUUUAACUGAGAGAGCUCCAUCUAGCUUCCAAAAUUUCGACUCCUAGCAAGGCUAGGCACUUCCUAACUACCAAUCCAAGUUUGCGAACUAAGUAACAGUACACAGUAACAGCAUAGAUUACGAGUCUCUUGAAAGUCUAUGAUCCUACAGAUUAGGUUAGUAGUUCUAAUUCCCAGGAAGUUAUGAAAUGGUCAAAGAAACUGGAAAGUUUGAUGGAGAAAGAUGAAUUCGGUCCACACACUUUGUCCAUCUCUGGCUGUUCCCCUGGAGGAGACAUUGGAUGCCUCUUGACAUUAGCAGAGAGUGAAAACUUUUUUGAGGAUAUCAUUCAGUAUUUAAAGGACUCAGUGAGCAGAGAACAGCUGGAACUCCUGCUCACUGAAGAGGAAGCCUGGGAGAGUUUUGUGGCUGAGGCUGAUUUGUCCAGGGAAGAGGCAGAUGUACUACGUGAAUAUCUGCUGGAGCUGAAAACAGACUUGGUAGAGGAGGACCAAGACAGGCCACAACAAGACCAGCUGGACAGGAAGAGGUUUUUGGAGGAAUUUCCUCGGGUGAAACGGGAGCUGGAGGAGAGCAUAGCAAAGCUCCAUGCUCUGGCAGACAAGGUCGACAAGGUGCACAGGGACUGCACCAUCACCAACGUGGUGGCCAACUCUGCCGGCGCUGUGUCUGGUGUCCUGACCAUCCUUGGCCUGGCUCUGGCACCCAUGACAGCAGGCAUCAGUCUGGGACUCUCAGCCACUGGGUUAGGGCUGGGAGCGGCGGCUGCUGUGACCAGUGUGUCCACCAGCAUUGUGGAACACGUAAGCAGGUCAUCAGCAGAAACCGAAGCCAGUCGCCUUGUGCCAAUAGAUAUCAAUGGAGAGGAGGCGUUUGCAGAGGUUUUAUGUAAGAGGACAACCCAGAUCGUUUCCUCUACAAAGAACCUCAUCCAAGCCUUGAAAGGCAUUGGGAAAAAUGUUCGUGCCAUCAAGCUAGCCAAAGUCAACCCUCGCUUAGCAUCCCACGCUAAGCGCUUCAUGACUGUGGGGCAAGUUUCCGCCCGAAGCAGCAAGCAGGUGCAGAGAGCAUUUGGAGGCACAGCUCUGGCAAUGACCAAAAGCGCCCGGAUCGUGGGUGCAGCCACGGCAGGUGCUGCCCUCCUGGUGGAUGUGGCCUUCCUGGUGAAAGAGGCAAAGCACUUACACGAAGGGGCAAAGACAGAGUCAGCGGAAAGGAUGAGGCAGCUGGCCACGGAGCUGGAGAAGAAAUUGGAAGAGCUCAUCCUGACCUAUGUGAGUCUGUAGGAGGGCUGGACUUGGCCCCUACCAGGACAGUGUGGGAGCAGGGACAUGUGCGGGGCCAAGAGAAGAAGGCACUGUGUUAGAGGGGAAGCCAGACAAAGAGGGGGAAACUGGGCUGGUCUCCUGACUUGUUUUAGACUAUUGUCUGGACUAUGCCAUUUUCCCAAAGGAAGAGAAAUCCUUAAACCCUCUUGUAUUCAAAACAUGUCAUUUUCUUCCCUAAAUUCUCCCUCUUGGCUCAAGAUGAAUCACAAAGCUUCAAGUACCACUGUUCAAAAAGUAUUUUUUAAAAAUACAGAAUAAGUGUCACCAA